UGUCAUCACUAACAGCCUCGUUCUCAAAUAACACCAAGAUUCCAUGUUUAGGGCAAAAAUUAGGAGUAUUUUGAGAUCAUAAACACAAAAUGUUGUGCUGCCAAAAAAGCAUGUUCCAUUCACUUUAGUUCAGUUUUUUGUAUAGCCCCACCAGUUCACUAAAACUUUCAUCUCAAAGCAGUGUUGACCACUAACAGUUCCUAAUUUGAUCCAGAAACACAAACCCAAAUCAAUUCAGUAGUCUAUCCAUGUAGAGAGAUUUACAUUCAUUCAAAUCAAGUUAUAACAGUGCACUUCAAUUCAGUUUAAAAUGUUUUUGAUAAAAGGUUUUCCUCUAAGGAAGCUCAGCUGACUGCUUGGAGUCCUCAACUUUAAAGCAGUCCCUCCUUCUGGGCGUACAGUGCAAAGGAACAGCUCCCUUUUAAAAGGAAGAAACCUUCAGCAGAACCAGAACCCUGCUCAGUUCCUGCCAUAGCAACAUACCUAAACAAAACUCAUAAAAUUCCUGAAUGGAUUUUAGCUUUGCUGUGACACCCCAUGAUUGUUGGUACCCCGAUCUGGGCACCUUUGCCCAAAGUCUCUGAAGACGCCCCUGUUGGACAUCUAGCAGGUCUUUGGCCUGGCUGUUGGCAGGAUCCUCGUUUCAAGAUGCAGGUUGUCUUUGUGAGCUCAUAUCUCGGCUCCAGCCCUCCCAUCCUCUCCAGUCUGCCGCUGCCGCUCCCAGAGCCACAUCUCCGGCUGCAGCUGUCUGCGUCGCUCCGGUCAUACCUACCUGCCUCCCUCCAUCCCCGCCGUCCCUCCCCCCUCUCGGUGCGGACAUGCUCCCGGGCCUCCGGAGAUGAGGCUCCGAAAUGUCUCAUUCCUGACGGUCUUGUUGUUCGGACUGAGUGGGCUGGUCUCCUUGUCCUGGUACACCGCCUUCAGCAGCUCCAGAGGAGAUGUGGUGGACAUCUACCAGAGGGAGUUCCUGGCCCUGAGGGAGCGCCUCCACUCUGCUGAGCAGGAGAACCUGAGGCGCUCCAAAGAGCUGAACCUGGUCCUGGAGGAGAUCAAGAGGGCAAUCGCAGAGAAGCAGGCCCUUAGAGACAUCAACCGUACCUGGAGCAGCCUCUCCGAGGAAACCAGGCUGAAGCUCUGGAACGUGAGCAGCAGUAAAAACGUGCUGCAGCUUCCCUCCAUCUUCCAUCAUCUUCCUCACCUGCUGAACAGAGAGGACAGUCUGCAGCCCGCCAUACACCUGGGACAGGGACGCACUGGAGUCUCAAUAGUCAUGGGUGUUCCCAGCGUGAAGAGAGAGGUCCAUUCCUACCUGACGGACACGCUCAGCUCACUGAUGUCCGAGCUCAGCCCCGCAGAGAAGGACGACUGCGUCAUCGUUGUCCUCAUUGCAGAGGCCGACCAGCAGUAUGCCAGCAGUGUAGCCGACAACCUGAAACGCCUUUUUCCAGCUGAGAUCCAGUCUGGCUUACUGGAGGUCGUCUCUCCGUCGGUCCACUUCUACCCCGACUUCUCCAAACUCAGAGAGUCCUUCGGAGACCCAAAGGAGAGAGUCCGGUGGAGGACGAAGCAGAACUUGGACUACUGCUUCCUGAUGAUGUACGCUCAGUCUAAAGGAACCUACUACGUGCAGUUAGAAGACGACAUUGUUGCUCGUCCAACCUACUUCACCACCAUGAAGAACUUCGCUCUGCAGCAGCCAUUGGAGGAGUGGAUGAUCCUGGAGUUCUCCCAGCUCGGCUUCAUCGGUAAGAUGUUCAAAUCGUUGGACCUUUCGCUCAUAGUGGAGUUCAUGCUGAUGUUUUACAAAGACAAACCCAUCGACUGGCUGCUCGACCACAUCAUGUGGGUCAAAGUGUGCAACCCAGAGAAGGAUGCUAAACACUGCGACCGGCAGAAAGCCAACCUGAGGAUCCGAUUCAAGCCGUCGCUCUUCCAGCAUGUCGGCACUCACUCAUCUCUGGCUGGAAAAAUACAGAAACUGAAGGAUAAAGACUUCGGGAAACAGACUCUGCAUAAGGGUCACGCCAACCCGCAGGCAGAGGUCACUACUAGCCUGAAGACGUACCAGCACUUCACCCUGGAGAAGGCCUACGCAGGAGAGGACUUCUUCUGGGCCUUCACCCCCGUUGCUGGGGAUUUCAUCAGGAUAAGAUUCUUCACACCUGUCCGCAUCGAGAGGUUUUUCUUCCGGAGCGGAAACAUCGAGCAUCCAGGAGAUAAACUCUUUAACACAUCAGUGGAGGUUCUACCGUUCGACAAUAUUCAGGCAGAGAAGGAGGCGUUGACUGAAGGAAGGGAGAAAAAACCAAAGUACCAUCGGACCGAGGACGGAUUGAUCCGGAUAGGAUCCUUCCAGAACGGGAUUGCAGAAGGAGAGGUGGACCCCUCCUUCGGGCCCCUGGAAGCCAUGCGGCUCACAGUGAUGGCGGACUCGCCUGUGUGGGUGAUCCUCAGUGAGGUAUAGCUCUAUGCUUCUGUACUUUGGUUUAGAAGAAUCUUUGGAAUUCCCACGAACCGUGAAGUUCACCGGACAUCUUACCUGGCUGGCAGUCCAAACAGAUCAGUGUACCGCUCCAGCCGCGAAUCCUGUCCACUCCUCCUCAAAGGAUUAUUUCCCUGACUCCUGCCGACAUUGUUCUCUGGAUCAGCUCUCAGUCCUGACGCGUCCUCUCCCUGGCGGAUACCGACGCCCCAUCAGUAGGCAUUACCUGGACCUAGUCUAUUCGUUCCAAGUUACUAUUACUUACCUCCGUUCCUUCCCAUCACAGCCCAGCCCGGCCUUCAUGGUGGCCAGAUCCUUGUUCCUGUCUUUAAAUAAAAUAAUUAAACGUUCUUUGUUCCUGAGUGUUCUCUGCAUGUGGGUCAAGUCGGCAAUCAAAACUAUGACAGAACAGUCAGCCAAGCCGGACCCAGCAGAGGCACUCCACAGAGUAGUGUCGGAUCACAGUCAGCAAAUAGAGUCUCAUGGAGCUACCCUCCAGUCGCUUCUUGAGCAGCAGCAGGCUAGUCAGCAAAUCGAUCAGAUGGCAACUAUGUUACAGCGUGUUUUGACUCCCAUGUUUUCCGCAGCCACCGGAGGCGCUGCCGAGGCCACGGCCGCCCGACCUCUUUCUCAGGUUCGUGAUGUCACUUCCCCUAAUCCUGAAAGAUUUUCUGCCGAGUUAGGAAAUUGUGGUGGUUUCCUUUUACAGUGUGCUUUGGUGUUUAACCGUUCCCCUCAUGCCUUUCCCCAUGAUGAUGCUAGGAUUUCAUUUGUUUUAGGGCUUUUGACCGGUAAAACGCUCUGUUGGGCGGAGUUGAGCUUCACCAACCCCACACGUUUUGGUUGUACUUUCGAUCAGUUUGUCUCAGAGUUCAAGCAGGUUUUUGAUGUGGCAGUGGAUCAGACCGCUUUUGCCCACCGACUGUGGGUCAUGAAACAACGUAACCGACCCCUGACUGAGUUUACUAUAGAUUUUCGCACUGCAGCGGCAGCUUCUGGCUGGAAUGAGAGUUAAUUAAAGACAGUCUUUUUCCAUCCUCUGGAUGAGACUUUAAAAGAUAAGUUGGCCUUAGUAGAUGAGCCGGAGGAGAUCAACAAAUAUAUAGUCUUAGCGAUCCAUUUGGACACCGGGAUGAGAGAGAGGAGGCGCACCCGUGUAGAGCGGGUUGUACAAAGAACCAUGCAAUUAUUCCCACCACGCUCCUCCGCUGUUCCCACAGCCACUAACUAUACUGACCCUGAGCCCAUGCAGUUGGGUAGGGCGCAGCUGUCUCCUGACGAACGGCAACGCCGUCGUGAGGCUCACCAGUGUUUUUACUGUGGUUCUUCCACUCAUGUGGUCUCAGUUUGUCCUGCUCGGCCAAUGGAGGGGGGCCGCCGGUUAUAGGGGGCCAACCGGCGGGCCGGAACUUAGAUCUUAAGGACCCUAGAUUUACAUUACCUGCCAAGCUAAUAUUAGAUCAGGACUCUGUGCCUUUAACGGCCCUGUUGGAUUCAGGCAGUGAUUUGAACCUGAUUGAUCAGACCUUAGUUACCCAGCUUCACUUAGAAGUAGAGCAGUUGCCCACGCCACGCAAGGUUCUGGCUCUGGACGGGCAGGCAUUGCACAGUAUUACCCACUGUACUAAGCCUUUAGAGUUAGUUUUAUCAUCUUCCUACACAUUUUCCCGGUCUCACAAAGCGCCCUGGUCCUGGUUGCGGGAACACAAUCCCCAUCUAAACAGGGCUGAACUCAGGGUAGACACCUGGUCCACCUGUUGCCUGUCAACCUGUUUAAGAUCAGCUGUUACCCCUAGAACUAAUCCUGCAGAGACCGUAGCUAUUGAACCAGCAGAUUUAGCCCGGGUUCCACCCGAAUACCAUGACCUUCGACAGGUUUUUAGUAAGACCCAAAAACUAUCGUUGCCUAGUCACCGCCCUUAUGACUGUGCUAUUGAGCUUUUGCCCGGGGUCCCGUUACCCACUAGUUGUUUAUUUAGAAUCUCUCAGCCUGAACGAUUAGUUAUGGAGAAAUACAUAGCUGAAUCAACUUGCUGCUGGAAUCAUUCGCCCCUCGUCUUCACCUCUGGGGACAGGGUUCUUCUUUGUAGGGAAAAAGGACGGCAGUCUCCAGCUGUGUAUUGAUUAUAGAGGCCUAAAUGCCAUAAUAGUUAAAAACAAAUACCCAUUACCGUUACUCUCCUCAGCCUUGGAACCUGUACAGGAUGCCACCAUCUUCACCAAACUAGAUCUUAGAAGCGCCUAUCACCUUGUACGUAUCCUCCAGGGAGACGAGUGGAAGACCGCCUUCAAGACGCCAGUGGGACACUUUGAGUUCCUGAUUAUGCCAUCCGGCUUAUGCAAUGUCCCAGCGGUCUUCCAGGCCCUGGUGAAUGACGUUUUAAGAGACUAUUUGAACACCUUUGUUUUCGUUUAUUUGGAUGAAAUUUUUAUUUACUCCAGGAACCUGGCUGAUCACCGCUUGCAUGUCCGCCUGGUUCUCCAACGUCUGCUGGAGAAUCAACUUUUCGUGAAGGCUGAGAAGUGUGACUUUCAUCAGGCAUCCAUCAGCUUCUGGGGGGUAAUUCUCGAGGGUGGACAGGUUCGCGCUGAUCCGGAGAAGAUCAGAGCUGUCUUGGACUGGCCUAGACCUGAUUCACAGCCUGGGUUUGGAAGGAGUUUUGUGCCGCCCUUGGGGCAAACAUCUCGCUGACCUCCGGCUACCAUCCCCAGUCUAAUGGUCAGGUGGAGCGGUUGAAUCAGGAACUGGAGUCGGCCUUAAGGUGCGUCACGUCAUCAGACCCCACCGAGUGGAGCACCUUUCUACCGUGGGUGGAGUACUCCCACAACUCUCACAUCUCGGCUGCUACAAGCUGUACCCCUUUUGAAGCCUCCUUUGGGUACCAGCUGCCCUUGUUUCCCGCCGACAACGAAGAGGCGCCCGUACCUACAGUCAAGCACUACAUCCGCAGAUGCAAGCGUAUGUGGUCCUCCACCACCAGGGCACUCCAGAGGUCUGCCGUUCUCAAUAAACGCUAUGCUGAUCGGCGACGUGUGCCGGCUCCCACCUACCGCCUGGGUCAGAAGGUUUGGCUCUCCGCAUGUGACGUCCCACUCAGGUCUAUGUCAAAAAAACUGUCUCCCAUGUUUAUAGGUCCAUAUGUCAUCCAUUCUGUUAUCAGUCCCUCCACUGUUCGUCUCCGCCUGCCUUCCAGUUUCCGUAUUCACCCUGUAUUCCUGUCCAUGCCGGUACGCUCUGCCCUCCGGCCGAGCCCCCUCCGCCCGCCCGGGACUUCCAGGGGCACCCCUCUAAUUCGGUCCACCAGAUCCUGGCCUCCCGUCGACGAGGUCGUGGGUGGUAGUACCUCGUCGACUGGGAGGGAUACGGUCCAGAGGAACGCUCCUGGGUGCCGGGUUCCUUACUAUUGGACCCAGACCUCAUCCGGGACUUCCUUGCAUCCCAGCGGGUUCCGCAUGGGCCGCAGGGUGGCGGCCGUUGAGGGGGAGGUGGUGUCAGGAUCUGAACUGCUGAUCAUGCCAGUAACCAGUUUCCUCACUAGGUGUCGCAGGAGUCCUGAGAUCUGGAGGCUGACAGGUGCAGCCUAUCUGGUCCUCAGCCACAGUGCAAUAAAAGGGAGGACUGCCAGCAUAUCAGCGGCUAACUGUUUUGCCCCAGUGGUAUUACAACCGGCUCUCCUCGAAUCUCACGUUUUAAAGUGUUCUUGUCAAGCCAAGCUCUCAGUAACCUUUGCCUCUCUUAUGCAGGUAUAGCUCUAUGCUUCUGUACUUUGGUUUAGAAGAAUCUUUGGAAUUCCCACGGACCGUGAAGUUCACCGGACAUCUUACCUGGCUGGCAGUCCGAACAGAUCAGUGUACCGCUCCAGCCGCGAAUCCUGUCCACUCCUCCUCAAAGGAUUAUUUCCCUGACUCCUGCCGACAUAGUUCUCUGGAUCAGCUCUCAGUCCUGACGCGUCCUCUCCCUGGCGGAUACCGACGCCCCAUCAGUAGGCAUUACCUGGACCUAGUCUAUUCGUUCCAAGUUACUAUUACUUACCUCCGUUCCUUCCCAUCACAGCCCAGCCCGGCCUUCAUGGUGGACAGAUCCUUGUUCCUGUCUUUAAAUAAAAUUAUUAAAAUGUUCUUUGUUCCUGAGUGUUCUCUGCAUGUGGGUCAAGUCGGCAAUCAAAACUAUGACAACUGUUCAGAUUUGGACACAUCCUGGUGGUUUCAAACCAGCCAGUGAUCAUGGGCCUCUUGGCUGCAUCUCUGAUCAGUCUUCUCCUUGUUCCAGAUGAAAGUUUAGAGGGACGGCCGGGUCUUGGUAGAUUUGCAGUGGUC